CUUCCUCCCGCCCCCCUCCACCCGCCCUGUGUGACCUAUGCCGCCGUCCUUACCCCGACCAGUGGACGGCCGGAGCCACUCGCUGAACCCGAACCCGAACCCGAACCCAGCAGCCCCGGGCUCACCGCCACUCGGCCAUCCCGACGCCGCACCCCGCCGACCCUCGGACGUCUCGGGCUUGCCAUCGUCGACUGUGGCGUACCCCCUGUCCGCGGACGACCGCCCUGUGGCGGGGCCGCUGCCUAGCGUCUCUCCCCGGCGAGCCUCCCUGCCGGGGCCCUCAGGCUCCGCCAGCUCCACGCCACCGAGCCCGCCCCCCUCGACCUUCGGCUCGACCGGGCGCUUUUCCAGCCCGCCCUCCUCUUCUCGCACAUCGCGUUUCUCUUCCGGCCCCGGGACCCAGACCACCGGCGGGUUCCACCCCCCCAGCUACUCCGACGGGCCGGGGUCCGCGCCGUCCUCCGUCGAGCACUCGCCCUCCCGGGCCCCCAGCGGUAGCCCAGGCGCCCCGCAGCCGGGGCUAAUCCUCCACCCACACGCUCGGUCCCGGUCCGGGUCUCUGGGCCCGGCCGGUGGGUCCUUCUCCGGCGGGUCCUUUGGCCACCCGCCUUCCGGGGCCCCACACGGCCACCCCCACAGCGGCGGUCUGCACCACGGCUCGGCCCCGGGGCAGCCCCCGCCGCCGCCACCGCCACCGCCACCGUUGCUGCUCCACGGCGGACCCAGGUCACCCCCUCCCCCCCCGCCGGGGGCCGUUUCUCCCGCCCCCUCGACAGGUGCCCUACCUCCGGCGGCUCCGCCGCCGCCGCCGCCGCCGCCGCCGCCGCCACCGCCGCCACCUCCCCCAUCGCACUUCGGUCCUCCGCAUUCGCAAAUGCUGCCGCCGCAUGCCAUGCACCUUCUUCGUCCAGGAGCCGGGCCAGCCGGGCCUCCUGGUGGACCGCCCGGGGGCCCUCCUGGCGGGCCGCCAGGACCAUCCACCGGGCGCUUCCCCCCCGGUGGGCCAGCCGGGCCACCGAUGCCCCUGCCGCCGCCGCCGCCGCCGCCCCCCGGGCAUGGGUCCUUCCGCGGUGGGGUUUCGACCCCGGUAAUCCCCUUCGGGCCGCCGCUGUCCAUGGGGCCGGCUCGUGGACGGCCUGCAGCGGCCGCGGCGGCCGCAGCAGCCGCCGCCGCCGCCGCCGCCGCCGCAGCCGCCGCCGCCGCCGCGGCCGCCGCCGCCGGCCAGGGGUCCCCCUCCCCACGGUCCGCAUCUCCCCCGCCGGGUCUGACGGUGUCGGCGGCCGCGCGCGAGGCCAGUGCCCCGCCGUCGCCCUCCCUGUCAGCUGCAUCGGCACCGGCACCGGCACCGGUGCCGGCCAACGCCCUGCCGCCCUCGGGCGCCGGGUCCUCGCGCUUGGGGAGUCCGGACCCCGGCAGCCGGUCGGCGUCGGUCGACCCGCUGGCCGCCCUUGCGAUGACCGUCAACAUGCCGGCCAAUUACUUGACCUCCCCGGACUCGGACCUCGAGGAGGGGGAGAUCUCCGACUCGCCUGGCAGCCAUUCCGAGGAGGCGACCGCCGUGUCGCCAACCACGGCGGAGCGCCCGGCCUCCCCGGAGUCGCGCUCUCCGGGACAUUCGCCCACUCCGGAGGCACCGGCACAGGGGUCCCCCUCGCCAUUGCAACGCCCCGCAUCGCCCAUGCCCCGGUCCCCUUCGCCGGUGCGACGCUCCCCCUCACCGCCACGGCGGUCCCCCUCGCCGUUGCGGCCAUUCGAUGUUCUGCGCUGGUCGGCCGGGCGCUCAUCUCCCCGGUCUCCUGCCCCCGAUGGGCGACGUUCACGGUCGCGAUCGCCAUCUCGGUCGCAAUCCCGGUCGCAAUCCCGGUCGCGGUCACGGUCGCGGUCGCGGUCAUCCUCGGCAUCGCCGCCGCCCUCUCCGGCCCGGGACGCCGCCUCCCUCGCCGGGUCCAUCCCACCUGUUUCUUCACAGCGCGCAUCGCCCUUGCCCGCGGCCGAUGUGUCCCCUUCAUCUUGGCCAGCGGCCGAGCCUCCGGCCGAUGCGCAUCGUCCCGCCUCGCCUGAUGCUCCCCUUCCAUCGUCCGCGCCCUCCCCCUGGCCAGCGGCUCCCGGUGAUGGUGCUUCUGUUGUGGCCGUCCCUCCGAAACAGCAGGCCGACUCCCCUCGGCCGGCUGAUGUGGCACAGCCGCCGGCAUCUCGACUGGCGGAAGAUGCCCCGGCGCAUGUUGAUCCCCCCGUGCCUGCCGACGAGGGCGUCAGCCGGUGUCCCUGUGGCCAGGGUGAUGAUGGGAAUCUCAUGAUCCAAUGCGAGCAGUGCUAUGCCUGGCAGCAUGCCUCAUGCAUGAUGAUCGACCCGAAGUCCGUGCCGGCGGUCUACCUGUGUGAGAUCUGCUCGCCACAGUCACACGUGGCUCUCCUCCGGUCCAUGGGCAGGCCGUUGCCCGAGGGGGUGGACCCACCGACGGCCGAAGCCAAAUCCCCCGAUGGCGAUGGGGCCGGCCGGCUGCCGGCCGCAGCCAUGGGCUCGCCAACGGGCACCAAGUCCCCGGGGGCUCGGUCGCCGACUGCUGCCAAAUCCCCAACGACGGCCCGGUCGCCAGCUGCCACAUCCCCCCGUGGCGAGGCCACCCUCUCAUCGCCACCUGCUUCUCCCGUCAAGCAGGAGCCCGACGAGGCGGAGGAGGGCGAGAUUGAGCCGUCCCCGGCCGCCGGGCACCCGGCCCCGAGUUCCCCGAUGGAAGUCGACACGCCCAUCGAGCCGAAGUCCAAACCCGCGUCCAUCCCCGGCACUCCCACGAAAACCCCACCCAGAGGGAUACCCGAGGAUGGGGCUUCUCCCCGGCUGCCCCUUCCUGCCAUGGAGGAUUCGGCAUCCGGGCCUUCACACAGCCAUCAAGAGCGCGAGGCCCUGCUUCUGUCGGCGGCGGCGGCGGCCCAUGCGCCGGGUGACUCGGCCCCGGUGCCGUCUGGGCAGCCUCGCACGGGCAGGGACGCCCCAUCCAAGGCCUCGUCGCCGCGCGAGCGGACCCCCUCGGCCUCGUCGCCGCGGGCCUUCGCCGAGCUGGAGAGCCUGCUGAAGGAUGACCUCCUGUACCACCCGGACAGUCGGUCGACCGGCAAGCGCCGGCGCAUGACCAUGAACAGCAUGAGCGCCUCCCUGCCGAUGUUCGGGUUGUUUGACGGGACGCCCCCGGGCCCGGGGCGGAGCGCCACUGCCGGGCCGUCCAGCUCGGCCACCUCCUCGCGGUCGCCGUCACCAGGCCCGGCAUCGCGCGCCGACUCACCGGGCAUGGUCGCCGCGGAGUCGGACGAGGUGGCCUCACCGGACUCCCCGGCGGUCAGCCAGCGGCCCAGGCCGCCCCUGCGCCUGACCAUCUCGCAGGACACCUUGACCGGGGCGGCCAGCUUGUCGACAAGCUCGAGCCGGGCCGCGCAGCAGCCCGGCACCAUCACCCCCAAGGAGGACGGCCAGGGCACCAGCGACAGCGAGGAUGCCCAGCCGGUGGACGCCCUGCCGUCGCCCAUUUCCCCGAUCAAGGACGAGCAGCCUCCCCCGAGCACCGGCAGCAUGUCGCCGCCUUUGGUGGUCACUUCAAGCGGCCGAGUGGUGUCCCCCCGGCGAAUGUCCCUCUCCUCGCCGGGGCGUCUUCCUCCCCCGGAGCCACCGGGGCCCGGGGGCGAUGCAUCGGCCGGGGAUGCCUCGGCAUCGUCGCCCACGUCGGGCCCCCUGGCCGAGGAGAAGCCGGCGGUCUCGUCGCGGGCUCAGCGCCGUGCGGCUGAGGCUGCUGCGGCUGCUGCGGCCGCUGCGGCCGCUGUGGCCGAGGCGUCCUCCAGCGCUGGCAGUCGGCGUGCGGGAUCCCGCCGGCCCGGGCCAGGGCCGGCCCCGGGUCCGGCCCAUGCGGGGGUCUCCUCGGCAUCGAGGCCGGGGGCGCCAUCGCGCGGGGCCGCCGGCAAGGAUCGCAGCACCGGCGCCGGGGGCUCUGGCACGUCCAUCUCCCUGUCCUCCUCGUCCUCGUGCUCCUCCUCGUCCUCCUCCACGAGUUCACUGCAUGCCUCGUCGUCCGGCGCCAGCCUGGCCUCGCCGUCGGGAUCGGUGGGAUCGCUGCUGGGGGGGCUGUCGCGCGGUGGCGGUGGCGGCGGCGGCGGCGGCCGGUCUGGGCCCGGUGGCCCGGAGCUCACCUCGCAGAUCCUGUCCCUCGGCUACACCGGAGCCGGGGGCGGCGGCGGCCGGCGCAAGCCCAAGAUCUCCUCCGUGUCGGACAUGGUCCAGCUGAUUGUGCGUAUUUCCGAGCACACGAUGCGCGUGCGGUCGGAGAUUGUGGAGCUCGGCCAACGGGCCAUCAGCCUGCGGCCGGACCCGAACAGCACCUGCCUGCUGGUGGCCGCGGCUCUGACGGCCGGCGGGGCUGGCCAUGCUGCCGGUGGCAAUGGCGGCCAUGGCCCGGGGUCGGCGGCGCCCACGCGCGCCGGGCCGUCGCCCUUGUCUUUGGUCCCGCUGCGUGCCCCGGCAUCGGAGUACCGGCUGAUUACGGCCCGGCCGCCGACGGACAUUCCGCGGACGGAUCCGGGGUUUGUGGACACGCCGGCCAGCCGGCGGGCACUGACCAGCCGGCUUGGCGGGGUACGCAGUGCCCUGGCCGGGCACCGUGACCAGCUGGCACUGGCUUCGCUGGAUGCCAGCGCCAAGCUCGAGCAGCGCCUCGAGCACCUGGAGCAGCAGAUCACCCUCUUCCGCCAUCGGUAUGACUCGGACUUCGAGCCCUCCUCGGCCAGUGAGCUCGAGGAGGACCCGGCCCCGGCCUCGGGCUCGGGCUCGGGCUCGGGCUCGGCCCCGGCCCCGGCCCCGGCCCCGGCCCGGGAGCCGGAGCACGAGCAGGACGAGGAGAGCGACGGAGAGGGCUACCGCCGCGGUGCCGGCCGGAGGCAGUCGCAGCCAGGGCAGACCACCAUCCACGAGCGUGGUAGGUCCUCCGGUGGCCGGCGGCGGCCUCGGACCCGUAGCGGGGGAGCCGGUCCGGCCGGGCGAUCUCGCUCGGCCUCCUCCUCGUCGUCGUCUUCCUCCUCGUCGUCAUCGUCCUCCUCGGAGUCGGAGUCGGCCUCCGGAUCCGAGAGGUCAGACUCGGAGUCGGAAGGGGGGCGAUCGCCGCCGGCGCGCGGCCGUCAUCCCCCCCCUCCGCCCUCCGGUUCGGAUGCUUCGGAGCACAGUGGCACCGACAGCGACCACAGCCUGAAGACCGACGACGAUGGCGAGCAUCACAAUGGGGCCGGCUCGGGAGCUCGGCGGGCCGGCGGUAGCCGGCGUGUGGUCACUCGCGGAGGGGGUGGCCGGGCGCCGCGGCGGCAUGAUGCCAGCCCGAUGGCUGGCCGGCGCCGGCAUCGGUCCCCCUCGCCGGUCCCCGUGGCCGUGGCCGCGGCGGGCAUGUGCUCGGACCGGUCGGGUGGUGGUGAGCCGCCAGCUCGGCGGCGUCGGCACCUAGCCGAGCGGUCGGAUUCCUGUCCCGAUGCCGAUGCCGAUGCCGAUGCCGAUGCCGAUGCCGGGGCCAGCGCCGAUGACGAGUCGGACCCCCACUCGGAUGAGGACCUUGCCGAGGUGCUGCCGCACAUCGCCAAGGAGACCGGGGCCCGGUGCUUGGCGGUGGCGGUGCAGUUGUCGCCCGCCACGUCGGACGGCGAUUCGCCCCAGCAGUCGCCCGGUCUCUCGACAGUCCUGGCGGCGGGGGGGCCGAGCGGCGGCAGUGCCGGCCCCUCGUCGGCCAUCUUGUCGCCGGGCCUUUUUCAGCAAGCCACCGGCCAUCGGGCCGAUGAAGCAGGCCUUGAUGGUGAUGCCGGCUACCAUGGGCCGGCGGCUCCCUUCACAUUGCCCAGCCGGUGCCAGCCAGUAUCAUCGUUGCUGUCGGGGCCGACGCCGGUGACGCCGCCGCCCUCGGGGGCAGCCGGCGCCAAGGAGUGCCUCGCCCCGGCGGCAGCCUUCCCCACUUCGCCGCCCCACUCGCCGCCGCCAUGCACGCUGCCGGCCGGCACCGACACCGAGACCGAGCCGGAGGCUGAGCCGGAGGCCGAGGCUGGCAACAUUCCCCCGGUGUCUGGGAAGACCCUAUUGGCAAGUGUGGUCCUGGCGCCGCCGGCAUCACGAGCUCGCGUACCCCCUGUCGGGGUGGCCGAGGAAGACGCGUUGGCCCUCGGCCAGGCGGAGCCGGCCCACGGAGGCGGCCAUCGGCGCUCGGCCACACUCCAGGCCGGAUCCUUCGUUGCGUGGGACCGCGAGGCGCCAGGUUCGUCGUCGUCGUCGCCACCGCCGCCGCCGCCGCCGCCAUCGUCACUGUUGCGACUGGCGGCGUCAUCGCCCUCGCGCUCGCGCUCGCGCUCGCGCUCUCGUGACCGGUCCUUCUCGCGGGAUCCCGGUCGCCGAGACCGGCAUCCUCGUCCGCCUGGCGCCUCUGGUUGGGACCGGGACCGGGACCGGGACCGCGACCGGGACCGGGACCGGGACUGGGACCGGGACCGCGACCGGGACUGGCAUCGUGAUCGUGGUCGAGAUCGGGACCGGGACCGGGAUCGGGACCGGGAUCGGGAUCGGGAUCGCGGCUGGCCCGGGCCCCCGGGCCUGCCACCAUGCCCGCAGGGGCCUGAUGCCUCGCCCGGUUGGGAUGCUCGCCGGCAGCGCGACCAUGCUCGGAACUGGUCUGACAGCGGCCGCCCGGGCCGGCCCCGGAUGUCGCCCUCCCCCUCGCCGGUGUCGGCCUCCAGCAGCUUGGAGGACGUGUCGGCCCUGCACGGCAACGGGUCCGGCGGCCCGUCCGGCGGUCCGUCCGGAGGGGGGAUGGCGUGUGCAGGCUCGGAGCCGGGCCUCUCCAGCCACAUUGGCGGCGCUGUCGCCGGUGGCGGGCGAAUGGCCUCCUUCCGGGGCCGGGGCCGGCGCCCGUCGUCGUCCUCGUCCUCGGCCAGUGAGGGCGGCUACUCGCUGGCAAGCAAGUCGCCGCUAGAUGGCCCCUCGCCCCGGCGCCCUCCUCCAGGCAGCCCUGGGCCCUUGCAUCCGGGCAUGCGCCAUGGCGGGGCCGGUGGCCCGCCGGCGCCAGGGCACAUGCACGGUCCUUCCGGGCCGCAGCAUGCGUUUCAUGCUUUCCAGUCGCCGGUGACGCCGGCGCUGCCACCGCCACCGCCACCGACGGGCUUCCGCCAUGGCGGCGGCCCGCCACACUCGCCGAGCAUGCACGGGCAUCCCUUCGGCGGGUCGGGCGCCGGGGGGCCAGGCGGGUCCGGCGCCUCGGGGCGUGUGCACCUGCCCUCCUUCCAUGCUCCUCCCCCACCCCCCCACUCGCACCAUCACCACCAUCACCACCACCACCACCACCAGCACCCUCCGCCCCAUCACCUUCCACAUCACUUGCAUUCGCACUCGCAUCCGCACCCGCCGCCCGGUGGCAGUGGCAGCGGCAAGCGGCGCUUCUCCGCGCAGUGAGGGGCUGCCGCCUUCUCGCUCCCCUUCUGCACAGGGGCCUCUAUGUGGUGUUUUUUUGUCUUCCUGCCGGCGCCCUGGCCGUUGUCCUUGUGUUACACCCAUACCAUAUACUUCCCUCUCCCCCUGUCC